UAUGUAUUAUUUCAAUUGUAUUGGCAAUGGUUAUGAAAUUAAAAGUGCGACGGUGGAAGUUUGUUGAUUAAUAUUUGAAAUGACGUAAAUUUCAAGAACUUGCCUUCAUGUUUUCAAAAAAUUAAUUGCAUUUUUUAAGUUUUUGAGGCGUUGUUAAAUGAAGUACUUUUGUGUGAGAAAAGUUUGAUCAUGAUGAGAAAUAAUAAGAUUGUAACUAAUAUGGCGGACGAAGUUUCACAACAAACAUCAAUAGUAAACACAGGCAUGCCACCAACCGAAAGUGCUGCUCGGUUAGAUGGUUAUUCUGAUACUCUCACAUCGAAAGCUGCAAAAGACGUGAUUUCUACUGAUAUCUUGCAGCAAGCUUUAAACGAAGCUGAUGGAUAUGAUCAGUCUAAUUUUAGCCAUGUACAGAAUUCUGUUUUAAAGGAUAAUAUUCAGCAUCUCAAUGAUCAUUCAUAUAUCAAUUCUACAAAUUCAGACAGUAUAGUAUCAUCUAGUGAUGUCGUUAAUACUCAGAAUAUUGAUUCGAUUGACAGUAUAGUUGUGAAUACUGAUGUCGCAAGGAAAGAUUUACAAACUGUAUCACUAAAUGGAAAUAAUACUGUUCCAGAUUUAAAUGUUUCUCAAAUUCUUCAACCUCAACCACCUCCCUAUUCUGAAGAAUCAAACAAAAUCUGCCUCAGUAAUGAUAUGCAGUUACUUAGUUGUAUGGGCAAUAGCAGCAGUGUUGAAGUAUUUGCUGAUACAAAGGCAAUUAGCAGUAAUUCUCAAAUAAAUUCAGAAAACACUGUAUGCUCAGACAGUUCUUUGAUAGAAUCACCCAUUAAAAACACACUCAGUUCACAGUAUGUAUUAAAAGUUAAAGAAACAGUUCUUCCCCCAUCAACAUCCAUUCUUUCUUCAUCAUCAUCAUCAUCAUCAUCAAGUAGUUUUGACAUAACUCAAUUAAAACUUCCUGUCAAACAGACUACAGCUCCAUUGGGAUCUGUGGAAAAUCCAAUACAAAUCAUUCAGAAUGGUGAUAAAUAUCAUUCUACUCAAGUGCUUACACCAGCGCAAUUGCAGCAGAUUACUCAUGUAUUACAAAGGCAGCAUGCUAGGAAAGUGAUACAGAAUGGAGGAAAAUCUGUAUUAUAUGAUCCAUCCACUAAUACGCGAAUUGUUUGUCGAGUUGUUCAUCCAUCAGAGUUGCAGAACAAAAAAUCUAAUGCCGAAACAAAUGCUAAGCCUGUUGUCCAUGGACAUAAUUCUAGCAGAGGGAGAGGGAGACCCAGGAAAUCUUUGAAUAAAAGAAUAGAUGAUGAUGAAAAAGGAAAUCCUGCAUUAUCGAAAGAAGAACGUGAGGAAAAGAAAAAACACAGGCCCAGAACAAGAUCUGGUCGAAUAUCAAAACCUCCAUCUUAUAUGGUAAAAGACUAUAAACGAAUUCAUCAUCUAGAUUUCAAUGAAGAACCAUACGAUGAUUCUGAUGGUGGUUACUCAGAUUAUCAUGUGAGUGAUGAUGAAAGUGGGAGUAGGUCAAAUAAAACUAACAGCUUACCACCAGGUGUUUCUACAGCAAAACAAAGAAAUUAUUCUUGUGCUUCCUGUAGCAAAGCAUACAUAGGUAGAGGUGGCCUGUCUCGGCAUUACCGUCUGAAUCCUAGCCAUGGAAGUAUGCCUGAAGGUGAAGAUGUCAGCACUCAAGGUUUGUUUAAACAUGUGUGA